AUGAAGGAAGGAUUGCAAGUUCAACAAGAUCAAAACGAUUUGGAAGCCCAGGAAACCAAAGCUGAGAUUAAAAAUGAGGAAAACCUUGAAGAUCAAAAAACAAAAAAAAUAAAGAAAAAUAACAUCGAAAACGUUCAAAUUAUUCCUUCUGGAAGAGAAGAUGUUGAUGUCUGUAUGAUCGGCACCGGUAGACCGUUUUUGCUUGCCGUUAAAGACUAUUUUUCGUUAGAUUUUUCACCUAUUAAUAGAGCUAUUGAAGAACUCAAUGAGAACGAAGAGAAACACCUUUACAUUUUCGAUUUAAAUUUUUUGGGUUCUGGAUUUAAAUUGUUUCCUAAACUCAAAAAAGCAUUUCAUGAUGAAAUUGAAAAAAAACAAAAAAUAUAUCUAGCACUUGUCACAUUUGAAAAUAGCAUUACAGAAGACGACGUACAAAAGUUUAACAAGAAUUUUUCAAAAAACACUAUUGAUUGCGUACCUCGAGGUUUAGCGUUUGAGACAUUCGAACCAGUUCUUACAGUUAAUCAGGACACACCGUGUAGAGUUUUACCUAGAAGAACUGUUAUGUGUAGGGGAAAAAAAAUCUACGCACUUAAAUUAACGUAUGUUUGCGAAAACUUAUGCACGUUGAUGAUCUGGGCUCAAAGUGGUACGUAUAUAAAAGAAUUUGUUACAGGUAAUUUUCGACGCACAAGUCCCUCUCUGUCCAGUUUGACCAAAAAUAAUUGCGACAUUAUUCAAUUAAAUGUGAUAGCUGUUUUUUAA